ACGAGGACGAUUGUUUUUUAAAAAUAAAGCAGAAAAAUGCAAAAACAAUCGUGAAGCGACCGACGUCGCCGCCGCCGCCGGGAGUCUCUAUCUGAGUAAAUCCGACCACCCAAUCCACUCGCGGCAACAAGUGAGUCGCCGGAACAUGUCACUAUGCGUGUUCCACCCGCCAAUUCUCUCAAGAUGUGAUUGUUGCUAGCCAUAAUGGACUCUCAUCUGCCCUUUGAAGUUGGUCAAACUGCUGAAGCAAAAUCUUUCAAGCAGGGAUUUCGCGGUGCAUGGUUUCGUUGCAAGAUAAGGGAGAUAAAGAAAAGGAUAGAACAUUGGAAUGCAUUGUUGGAGUAUUAUGAUUUUCCUGAUGAAAAGUUAACAUGGAUGCGGCUGUAUCAAUAUCCCCUAUAUGGUGUUGGAAAAUCAAAGCAAGUCGAAAGGCAAUUGAUGUUGCGGCCUUCAUAUCCACCAAUCUACUCUGGAAAUGAAGUAUCUGAUGAGAGUUCAGUACCUGAAGUGAGAGUAAUUAUUCAAGGCAAGUGGAAGGUGGGGGAUUUGGUGGAUUGGUGGUCCAGUGGCUGUUUCUGGUCUGGAAAAGUGACCAAGUUACUUGCAGAUGCAAAAGCUGAAAUUGAGUUGGUUCCACCUCCCGUCGGUGAAGGUAAAACUUAUAAAGUGUUUGUCAAAGAUUUACGUCCAUCUUUAGAUUGGUCUCCAGAGCUUGGUUGGAAUUUGCCUUCACCUGAUGGUGAUGCGGUCUGUUCAUGUGCUCAGCUUAUCCAGCCUACUAAUAGAGAGAUACAACACGAUGAAGAUGAGAUGCCUAUGGAUCUUGGUGGACAUGGUGGUGCACACAAAGGGCAUGAAACAGAAAAGGAGUCGAGAAGUACAUCAGGGUCGAAUACACACAUUUAUGAGGAUUCUGGUAACAAAGAAAGCAGUGAUGAAGCCACUGAAGUUGAUGGUCAACCCGAUGAAGACCUGUAUUAUGCAAAGUGUCCAUUGAAGAAGUUCAGAACCGGUGAAGGGGAACAUCUAAAUUCCACUGGGUCAGACACUUUGGAAGCAGCUAUUAUGGAUUUGGAAGAAAUGAGAAACAAGAUUAAGUGGCUUAAACAGAUGUUGGAAUCUGGAGAUCCUCGAUCGAAUCCUCACAACUCAUGGGAGUUUGUGGAACACUUUGCAUCAUCUACUAAUAAAUGAAUGGUUUCAGACAGGAGUGAGCAUGAUAUGGUACGAGGCAAGACUUAUUUCGUACAGGUACCUUACCAAAUAUUUCUAUUCAGUAUGAGAUUUUACAUCGUCUUGAAAUAUCCGUUUGUUGUCUCAAUUUCGGUACAAAUUGGAACAAAUACUUAUGUAUCCACUUUACAUACAACAUGAAUAUUAAAAUAUGUCUUAUAUU